AUGUGGCCCAAACAUCCUUUCCAUAAGCCUAAGCGGCUCUCCAUCAGCAACCCUAUCGUCGACCACAAUCCCCUCACUGAACUCCCUGUGAACAGUCUCAAUCUGCGUGACAAGUAUCUGCUUGGGCCAAAUGAUGCGCCUUCAUUGCAAUCGGGCCCUAUCCGGCCGGACAAUAAGACCAGGAGAUACUCCGAGAUCUCAGCUAUCUCCCCAGAUGUAGAAAGCCACCGACGUGGAAGCCGAAGCAGCUUCUGUGUCUCGCCCAUUGACGGGGAACAAAUCGCUCCUUACGCAGAGAACCUUCGGCCUUUAACAUCUCCCGCUCCUGAUCACAAAACAGCAAAUCAUCAGAACGGACAGAGCCCCCAUCAAUCUCAAUUACAGCCUGUGCAGCCCCCUCCAGAGCGGCAAUUCAUCUCUGGCAAAUCGACUGACUGGGAAGGUGUGUCUCGUGAGCAGGACAAACCCCGCGCCACGUCCUCUCACAAACGCACUGUAUCUACUACAUCCAAUCUCAUAAACUGGCGCCAACAGUUCAAUCCUAGGAAACAAUUUAACGCAGCUCGCAGUCGCAUCUCGAGCUUUUCGAAGACCGAAGAUCAUCAAGGAAACAGAGAUAGAUCUUCAUCACGUGUACACCCAAUGGAAGAGCAUUCCAGCAAAGACAAACGCGCUCCAGACGCGAUCCCCAAGCUCGAUCCAUUUGGUUUCACUCCCUCGAGUGUGACCACUACCAUAACUGCUGGUGGACCGGUGACCCCGCCCCCGAGACCGGCAACAGAGCAUGCCCCCAGCCGCGCGCAAGAAAACAUGCCGGUGCUCAAUUUCGAUAACAGCAACAUGAUGUUCGCCAGCGACGACUACGAGCCGCGGAGCCGCUUCAGCGCAACUACCUACACAGCCACCGAACCCGACAGCCAAAACGCGAGCCGUCGCGAGAGCAUGCAGUUCGAAACCCGCUCCACCGACGAUGUUUCCACAUCCUCGAUCAUGGACCGUCGCCGCCCGGUCCCCUCCGGCAUGGUAAUCUCGAAGAAACAACCGUCGACCGCAAAGCCGGUGCGCAAGCCCACUCCGUCCCAGGUCGCAGAGCAAGUGGCGCAGAUGCCGGAGGGCUCGUCGACCCCGGAGCCACCACUAGAUACCCAGGGCCGCAUCAAGGCCAUGGAGGCCAAGCGCGACGAACUCUCGCAGCGCAGAUUCACACUGGAGACAAUCAUGGAUGAGUUGUACAAGGCCACCCGGCCCGGCGCGGUAGACGCCGCGGCUCGCGCUGAGAUGAUGAAGGCCCUCGCGAGCAUGGAUGUGGAGCUCGCUGACAUCAGGAAGGAGCAGCACGAGCUGGGCGUCGGACUGACUCGUGCUUACAAGCGCCUGGAUGAGAAGCAGAAUGCGGGGGAUGGUAACAAUCUCUGGGUGAAGAGAGUCACCAGUUAA